AUGUAUAAACAAAAGUCCUUAGAAUCAAGAGAUAUAAAUUACAUAUAUGAGAAUUCUUUCGUUUGGGUACAUAUAAAUUCUAUUAAAAAGAAAAACAGUUUAUUAUAUCGAGAGAUUUAUGAAUAUUAUAAACAUAGAAAUAGUUCUUUUUGUUUUUUUAAAGGGAGCGUGAAAAGAUUUGUUUCUAAAAAUGAAGUAGAAAUAUAUAUAUUUAUAGAUGAUAAUUAUAACACAUCUAAAGAUGACUUUAAUUAUAAUAUAAUAGAAAAUGUAAAAUAUUUAUUACCUAUAGAUACAAAUUUUGGUUGUAGUGAUAACACACAAUUAAUAUAUUUGAAUUCACCAAAUUUGUUAGAAAAUAUUUAUCAAAGAUAUAAUAAAGCAUAUAUAAAUAAAGAAAACCGAAAUUGUAUUUAUACAUAUAUCGGUUAUAUCUUAUUAUCAGUAAAUCCAUAUGAAAAUUUUGAUAUAUAUGAUGAAAGUUAUAUGAAAAGAAUAAAAGAUAGAAAUGACUUAUUUGCUAUCCCUCAUCCAUUUUCAAUAGCCAAUGAUGCAUAUAAUUGUUUACUUGAAGAUAAGAUAAGUCAAUCUAUAAUUAUAAGUGGAGAAAGUGGAGCUGGGAAAACAGAAUCAUCAAAACAGGUUCUAAAGUAUUUAACUUAUUUGAGUUAUUUUCAAAAAGGUUAUAAGAAAAAGAAAAAGAAAAUGAUUCCAAAUGAAUGUGAUAAAAUAGAAAUUGAUAAUAUGAAAUAUGUAGAUAAUAAUCUGAAAUAUAUGGAUGACACUUUACUAUAUAAUUAUAAAAGAUGUGGAUAUACAACAAGCGAUAAUAAUAGUCCUCAAGAAGAAAAUGAUACUAUCAAAAAAGCAAAAAAAAAUUAUGAUUAUGAUAAACAUAGUUAUAGUGAUAAUAACGAUAACAUAAAAAAUAAUAUAGAUAAAAAAAAAAAAAAGAAAAAUAAUUCAAAAAAAAAUAUUUCAAAUAUAAAUUUAAAGUCAGAUGAUUAUACAAAUAUUAUAAAUACUUAUUCGUCCUCCACGUAUGAAGAAAAAAUACAAAAUAGUAAUCCUCUAUUAGAAUGUUUCGGUAAUGCAAAGACUAUAAAAAAUGAUAAUAGUAGUAGAUUUGGUAAACUAAUGAAAUUAAAUUAUAAUGAAAAAGGUAUAUUAUGUUCUGCUUCCAUUGAAACAUAUUUACUAGCCAAAUCGAGAGUUGUUGAUGUUCCAAAAGGAGAAGGAAAUUAUCAUAUUUUUUAUUCCCUAUGUCAGAAUGAAAAAUUAUCAAAAGAAUUUGAUUUAUUACCAUGGUAUGAAUAUAACUAUUUAAUUGAAGCAGAUAAAAAAAUAAAAAAUAAAUACACAUAUUAUAAUACUUAUGAUGAUAAUAUAUAUAAUAAAAAUGAUGAUAAUGAAAAUACAAAUAAUAUUAAUGAUAAUAAAAAAGAAAGAUUAAAAAGAAAUUAUGAAAAGGAUGAUAAUUAUAUAUUAAAAAGGCAAAAUGAAAAAUCAUAUGAAAAUACAAAAAAAAAUAAAAAAAAAAAUGAUAUUAUAGAAGAUGGUAAUAAUAUAAACUCUAAAUAUAAAAAGAACAAAUAUAAGGAUGGUGAUAUAAAUAUGUAUCAAAAGUAUAAUAAGAAGGAUGCACCAGAGAAACCAUUUGAUUGUAUACAGUGGAAAAAUUUAUACAGCUUAGAUUUCAUCAUAAAAUGUUUUAAUAGUAUAGGUGUUCUUCCAAAUGAACAAGAAGAAAUAUAUAAAACAUUAAUAUGUAUACUUCUUUUAGGUAAUAUAAAUUUUGUAGAAAGUAAUAAUGAUCAAGAACCUAUUAAAAUUCAAAAUAUCGAGAUUUGUAAAAAACUAAGCCAACUAUUAUAUAUAAAAAGUGAUAAUUCAAAUAUCAAUAAAAUCAUCGAAAUAUUAACAAUAAAAAGGGUUAGAGAAACACAAAAAAGUUAUACAUACCAACAAGCGAUUUAUAAUCGAGAUGUUAUAUCCAAAAUUUUAUAUCAGCUCUUAUUUGAAUAUAUAAUUUUAUGUGUAAAUGAUUCAUUGAAUGAUAGUGAUAAUAAUAUCUAUUCAGAAUGGUCUGAGAAGGAUACAUUUUUUGAGAAUGAAAAAGUGAUCAAAGAAGAUGAAUCAUUUAUAGAUAUGGAUGAAAAAAAGAAUAAAAAGCGAAAGACCUUUAGGAGGAAAACAAAGAAUGUAAAUAUACAAAAUGAAUAUGAGAGUGAUGAUACUGAUGAAAAUAUAAUAAUCAAUAAGAAAAUAAAUUUUAUAGGAAUCUUAGAUAUAUAUGGUUUUGAAAAUUUUAGUAAUGAAGGUAUGAAUGGAUUUGAACAAUUAUGUAUAAAUUAUGCUAAUGAAAUAUUACAUGCGUUUUUUUUAAAACAAAUAAUUCAUAAUGAAGAAAAGAUACAUUAUGAAGAAAAUUUAAGAAUAGAAAAGAUUUCUUAUAAUGACAAUAGUAAUGUUAUUAGUCUUAUAGGAGAUACAAAAGAUAUAAGUAUAUAUACCAUAUUGGAAGAUUUAUCCUUAUUAUUUGUAUCUAAUAAAUCUAAUGAAGAUGAUAAUAAAGAUAUAUUCUAUGAGAAACUCAAUAAAAAUAUAAUAAAUUCGGCAAAGUAUAAAAAUAUUAUUAGAAAUUAUAAGGUAGCAAAUAAGUCUUUUAUUAUAUCUCAUUAUGCAGGUGAUGUAUUAUAUGAUUCUAGAGAUUUUUUCAACAAGAAUGUUGACAUACUGACUAAUGAUAUAGAAAUGUUUUUAUCAAGUUGUAAUUAUUUUAUAAGUGAAAAUUUGUUGAAAAGGAAAAGAUUCCGAAAUUGGAAGUGUGAAGAUAUUAAGGGGGAAACCUCAAGGGUUUUAAAAGAGAAUCAUGAAAAAAAAAAAUGUGAUAGGACCAAACAAUGUGAUGAUUUGAACAAACAAUGUGAUGUUACGAACAAACAAUAUGAUGAUGCGAACAAACAAAAUUAUAAUGAUAAGAGCAAAAAAAAUAACAAAAGAAAACUAUCGGUAAAGGAGAUGAUAUCUCAUCAUGAAAAGGAGUCCAAAAAUACGAUUUCCUGUUAUAAUAAUAGUACUAAUAAUAAUUUGUAUAAGAAUAAGGUGAAAACAAUAUUUUCGUCCUUUAAAAAACAGUUGGAAGUUUUAUCGAAUAAAUUAAGUAAGACUUCAUCAAAAUUUAUAAGAUGUAUAAAACCAAAUCAAGAAAAGCAAGCAAAAUUAUUUAAUAAGAAUUUAGUGUUAAGUCAACUAGUUAUGAGUGGUAUGGUAGAUAUUUUAAAUUUGAUGAAGAAUGGUUAUCCUUGUAGAGUUUUAUAUGAUGACAUAUGGAUACGAUAUAGUGGUAUAUUACAAGAAGAUAUGAAAAGAUAUUUAACUCCUAAAAUGUUUUGUAAAAUCGUUUUAAUGUUUUUAGAAAUAAAUUCAAAUGAAUAUACCUUUGGUAAGACAAAAAUAUUUUUUCGUUUUGGUGUAUUAUCUAUUAUUAAUGAAAUAUUAAAUAAAAAUGAGAAGAAGAAAAAUACCUUCAUUCAAUGUGUUUAUAAAUAUUGGCUACAUAUAAGAAAAAGGAGAUUAUUAAAUUUUGUUUUAUUUGGAUGUAGAUUUAAAAUAUUAUUUAAAAAGAGAAGAGCAAAACUUUUGAUGGAAGAAGGAUUGGAUUUAUACAAUAAAUAUUUAUUUAAAAAAAAAUUAGAAUGUAUAGAAAAAAUACUGUUCUUUUAUUUCAAUGUAUAUAAACAAAGAAUUUUUUUCUUAAAAUUAAAAAGUAGUACAUUAAUUAUACAAAAAAAUUAUCGAACAUAUAUUUUAAGAAAAAAAUUUUUAUACAUGAAGAAGCAAAUUUUAUUUAUACAAGAUUAUUAUUUAUUUCAAAAGUAUUUUAAACAAAGAGUUAAAGCAGCUAAUAUUAUAAGAAAAAAUUGGAUUAUGUAUAUAACUAAAUAUGAUUAUAAAUAUUUAUUAAAGUGUAUUAUUAAAAUACAAAGAGCAUUUAAAAAAUAUAUGAAAAAAAAGUACAUACUUUACUGUUUAAAAAUAGCACAUGUGAAAGACUCUAAAAAAAAAAAUAUGUAUCACCCUACUUUUACAAAAAAUGAAAUAGAAGAAAAAAAAAAAAUUUAUCCAUUGAAUAUAUUAAAAAAGAAGUCUUUUAAUGUUACAGAUCGAAUAGGUUCUUUUAUAUAUGUUCAGACAAGAAAGCAUCGCCACACCAUUACAGUAGGAGAUAAGUUUUUGCUGUCAUCCACUAGUAUACAUAAUAGGAAGAAAAGAAAAACAUGGGAUGCAGGAAACAAUUAUUUAACAUCCCAAUAUAUUACAAGUACAAACAGUUAUUACAAUGAAAAUGAUGAUAUUAAGAGGCAAUAUCAAAAUAAUAAUAGUAAUGUAAACACCUUUAAUGAACAUUUAAAUCUUGGGAAAAGAAAAAAUAGCAAUAUUGAAGAUAAACCAAUUAUAAGUGUAGGAAAUAUUGUAAAAAAUGAAAGAAACAAAAUAAAAAAUGUGCAGAAAAAUACGAAAAAUAUUAAUAGAACUAACGCAAAGAAUAAAUUUCGAUUCAGUAAUUUGAGUGUAUGUAGUGGUACUAUUAAUACGGAUAGGAAAAAUAUUAACUACAAGAAUGACAUAAUAGGCCUUAGGAAAUCACAUAAAAAUGAAAUGAAAAGGAAAACAUAUAACCAUGCAAAUAACCGAAAUGAAUUUGUUUCAAGUUAUAAAAGAGAGAAAAACAAAGUAUCCAAUCAUAUAAAAAAUACAAUAUAUGAUAGAUAUAUUCAGAAAUAUAAGCAAAAUCAUAUGUGUCCACAAAAAGGGAAGAAAAAAAAAUCCAUAUAUAUUAGAGGAAAUUAUAGUAAUAUCAGUAAUAUAUAUAGUGUAUAUAAACCUACAAAGGAAGAGGUGUUAGAAGAGCAGUAUGAUUUUGAUUUGACUGAUGUGCUUAUAAUUCCAGAAGACUUUCAUGUUACUCAAACGAAUAUACCCGAACCGGAUAUUAAUCUUAUGAAUAAUGAAAAUGAUAUUUUAUUAAACCACUUUUUAGAUACCAAUCUUGAUUCAAGAAUACCAUUAAUUGAACUAAACAUGUUCAAAUGUUGCUAA